AUGCUCUCACCGCGCCGCUUCGUCCCAUGGGUCGUCGACCAGAUGUACUCUGGUCUCGAGAGCCUGGAGAGCCACCGGCUGAUUGCGACGCUGCUGCUGCUGAGCGGCAUCCCCAAGUUUCUCUUCUCGCCGACAUUUGUGCCCAACGGCGAUGCGCACCUCAUCCCGCUGCUGCACGCGCUCCUGCCCGCGCUUGACGUCAACGACCCCAACAAGUCGCUCGAGGCCAUGAACGUGCUCAUGGAGGUGACGCAGACGGUCACGUUUGUGGACUGUUCCAACGCCAUCCCGGACGACGCCAGCGCGGAGGAGCAGGAGGCCAUGGAGGCCACGUGCCAGAUUGAGUCGUGGCUGGACGCCUUCCUGGACACCAUGUUUGAGCUGGUGGAGAACAUGUCUGGGCUGAGCACGCCGGCCGGGUGGCGCAACGCGUCGCUGUCCUUUGACGCCAUGCUGCAGGGCGCGUUUAUGCAGCUCAGCCCCGAGCUGGCGAACCGGGCCGUGGACAAGACGGCGACGUGGCUGCUUACGCGGGCCGUGAACCGCUCCAACGGGUCCAUCAAGGCCGUCGCUCGCAGCGCAGCCAUCUGCAAUCCAAAGCGCAUGCUCGACAAGGUGCUGCCCACGCUGACAGAGAAGCUGCUGGACCUGUGCGCGCACGAGGCGACGAUUGACGAGGCGAAGCGGGAGGUGAUGGGCCGCAUGACGCUGCUCGUGUCGUACCUCGACGUGUGGCGGAGCAUCAUCACCCAGCUGGACCCCGCGGUCAUGGAGCACAAGGACAGCAUCAUGGCCGUGUUCCGCGCCGUGCUGCGGCUGCGCGGCCAGGGGGCGGUGCAGCGGGCGGCGGAUACGCUGGGCGUGCUGCUGGAGCGGCUCACGCUGCCGUGGAUGCCGGACAGGUCCGCCGUCACCGUGGAUGACCGGCAGGGGAAGACGGACAUCGACCCCGUGACCAUGUUCCGGCGCAGGUUCUACUCUGGCAUGAGCGAGGACGAGGUGACCGAGAGCAUCUUCACGUACAAGUUCCUCAAGCCGCUGGUUGACGGCACGCUGGACCCGCGCUGGCGGAAGCCGACGGCGGAGACGCGUGCGUUUGCAGAGGAGCUGGUGGCGGCGUUCUACGACGACGCCGUCGCCUUUCUCAGGGAGUGCACCACCAAGACGAGCAAGGAGGCCGCAGCCACGGUGGACCGCGACAUGCUGCGCACGGCCCUCUCCAUUGUGGAGUGCGUGGCAGACACGCCGACGGUGGUGUGGCCGUUCACGGCGGACAAGUUUGAUGCGCAGGAGGGCGGCAUCCCCGGCGCCCCCUUCAAGACGCAGCCGCCGCGGCACUGGGUGGAGCCGACGUGCGAGCGGGCACAUGAGCGGCGCGGGGAGCUGAUUGAGGUGCUCACGGCGCUGGUGCCGUGGGCCAUGGAGCACCGCGCGUCGGACGUCAAGGUGCUCAAGGCGUGUGUCAUCUGCGCACAGGUCACGCUGGUGCCGAGCACACGCGCGCAGUCGCGCAUUGCGGGCGCGGUCGGGCACGUCGGCGAGACGUCGACGGCGUUGUCGCGGGCAUACCUGAUGGGAAUGCUGGAGGAGCUUGACGCUGCGCGGUACGACAUGGACCUGGUGGUGCAGCCGCUGCUGGCCACGGACGUGCCGCUGGUGCAGGCCAUUGUGGAGACGCUGCGGUCGCCGCUGCCGGACGUGCGGUUUGUGGCGGAGCACGUGCUGCUGCAGAUUUCCGACCUGUGCUGGAACCGCGGCGUGCCGCUCAUCUUCGACAUGCUGCUCGAGCUGUGGGACCAGGUGCGCACAGAUCCCGUGGACGACGCAAAGCACGCGCUCAUGGGGGUGCUGGCGCUGCUCUCCACGCCGACCAUGAGCGGAUGGACCGCGCAGGACAGCGGCCGUCUCCUGCGCGUGUACCGCCUGCUGCGCCAGUGCACCCACUUUGAGGACCAGGAACUGUACGACCAGCUCAACGCGUUUGCGGCGACACAGUGCUCCAACCUGCCCGGGUUCCCAUGGCCCGUGCCGCACUCGCCAUCGUGCCUGCAGGCAGCCCACCGCCUGCCAACCACCGCACGCCGCCAAAACAACGACAAGACGUCAAAGAGCGAGGCAGCCGAAACAGAACAGCAGCAGCAGCAAGAAGGUGCAGGAGAAGGGCGCAUGGAUACUGCGCAGGACGAAGGCGGGGCGAGUGCAUCUGGUGUUGACGCGUACGGGCGGCCGCGGCGCCGGCAGUCAAUUGUGCAGUGGCGCCGGGAGCAGUCGCACUCUACGCAGGAGGUGAUGCUGCUGGCCCUGGACGCCCUCAAGGCGCCAGACCUGACGUGGAAGCACAAGCUGUGGUUUGCCAGCGUGGCAGGCUUCCUUGCCUCUGCCACGGAGACGCUGCACCCGGAGGUGGUGGGCUUCCUCUUCCGCAACCUGGUGUCGGACGAGCCUGCGCUGCGGGAGGGCUGCCAGGUGGCCAUGGUGCGCGUGCUGCAGGCCCUCAAGACGCCCGUCGCAAAGGUGGACGUGCGCGUGACCCAGGACGGCGACGUGGUGGAGGUGAACGGCCCGUACUGCUGGCGCCGAGUCGCCUCUAUCGACCAGCCGUUCCGUGGCGACCUGGCCGACCUGCAGCAGCGCGACCAGGACCCAAGCUGCGGCGGCGGUACUGGCGGUGAUGGCGGUGGUGGCGGUGAUGGCGGUGAUGGCGCCGGCAACACCACGCCUGCACACCAAGACCAACAGCAGCAACAGCAGUCGUCGUCGUGGUCGUACAAGCAUCAGCACUUUGGGUACCGCAAGGACACGCGCGUGGUGUGCCCAAAGAUUGAUCCUGCAACCAUGCAGGUGCAGGACAUUGGGGAGGACGAGGUGUACUUUGACAAGCCGUUCUGGGGCUGGUAUGCGUGGCCGUCUGUGGUGCGCACCUACGCGCCGGAGAAGUACCAGAGCUUCGACCACUUUAUCGGCCGCCACCCGGCGCCCACGGAGAAGGACACCCGCGUUGGUGAGGACGGGGCGCCGGUGUCGCCGUGCAUGGACGUGGAGCACAUGCUGGCUGCGUCGCGGGCGGUGAUUGAGCUUGAGCUGCAGGACCCGGCCUUUCUGCACCGCCUCAUUGGCUUUCUCAAGGAGGACACGUUUACGAGCCUGAGGCGGGUGAGCCACCUGUUCAAGGGCCUCUUCCGCAACUACGGGUACGCGCUCGUGCCGCUGGUGCUGCCGGAUGUGGCGACGCUGUGCCAGUCGACGCUGCGGCAGGACCACCGCGCUGCCGCGGGCGUGCUGCUGGGGCUGCUGCGUGGCAGCAAGCACUGGCCGCGCGCAGACAAGGUGAAGAUGCGCGCGGAGGUUGAGCCGCUGCUGGAGGGCACGCUGCUGACCAUGCCGGCCUCUGUGAUGCGGGCGUGGACGGCGCUGGUGCAGCUGACGGUGUGCGAGCACGACCCGCGCCGCUCUGCGUGGCUGAUGAACCUGCUCCUGCGCAAGUACUUUGAGCCAGACCCCACGCGUACGGCGCUGCAGAAGAACGUGCUUGGGUCGGCGCUGUCGGCGGUGCUCGGGGAGCUGUCGUGGCGCGCGCGGCACAUCUCGCGGCUGGUGAUGGAGAAGGCAGCGGCCGAUGUCCCGCACGCGUACGGGCUGGUGCGGCAGACGGCCGUGGGCCUCAUUGUCUGCGGCUACACGGCGCUCGUGCCAACCAAGAACCCGCUCUGCACCACAGAGGCGACGACCGUGACAGCAGCCGCGGGAGGCGUCAAGGGCGGUGCACAAGGCAAGGAAGCGAGUGAAGGCGGCGUUGAGGACCAGGCUUCCAGCGCCAAGGGCGACCAGGCUGAUGCCGAGACUGAGGCUGAGAUUGAUGCUGAUGAGGAGGCGCAGUUCCUGGCGGCGUUCACGGCGUCGCUGAUGGCGCCCCUGCGUGCAGCCGUUGAGACGACGCCGACCACCCCAGCAGCGCACCUCGGCGAAGGCAAGUUUGAUGUCCUGAGCGAGAUUGGCGUGCCGGGCGAGAAGCGGGCUGUGGAGGCAGCGAAUGCUCGUGGGGACAUGGCAACCAAGCGCGCAGCCCUCAUCGCCAUGGACACGGAGGCUGAUGGUGGUGUUGCCGACAGCGACGCGGUUGCUGUUGACACGCGCGCGCACCGCCACCACCGCUUCCACCACGGCGGCCCCCGCGAGCAGCACACGCACCGCCCGCGCCCGCACCCGCAUCCGUCCAGCGGUCAGCCAGUAUCGCCGCCACCAGGCACAGGCGAAGGCGGCGAAGGUGUUGUGUUGUCUGUCCCCGAAAACGUGAGCUUUGAGGAGUUUCAGCAGCUCAUGCAGCAGCAGCUGGCGCAGCUGAAGAUUCCGAGCGACCAGGCCCAGCAGAUGAUGCGGCAGAUGCACGAGCAGGUCACCCGCCUCCACCACCAGCAGCAGCAGCAGCAGCAGCAGCAGCAAGGGCUGUCAUCACCGUCUCCACCACCGUCGUCGGUACCACAGCGCCUGCGCCCGCCCCCAACCCUGGUCCAGCAGCAGCAGCAGCAGCAGCAAGGUGGUGGCGCGAGUGGGAUGAGCACCACAACUGCGAGUGCUGCGGCCAGUGGGGGCGGGAGCCGCAGCAUCAGCCCUGCGAGCGGCGGUGGCGGCGACGACACGCUGCCGGAGGACGAGAAGCGGCGCCUCAAGGCCGUGUGCCACCUCAUUGGCCAUGCCAGCCGCUUUUCUUCGCAGCAGGAGAUUAUGGUGCUCUUCCUGGAGCACGCCGAGGUGCUGCUGGACUUGCUUGAGCGGGUGAGCGACAAGGACCUGUCCCGCAGCUGCAAGGUGAGCCUGCGCCGGAUGGUUGCGCACAGCACGGUUGAGUCUGGGCGCCGCCUGUGCAACUACCUGCAGGUGGGCGCGUGCACGUGGCACACCAAGGCGCUGGUGCUGUCGCUGCUGACGACGGUGGCGCGCAACACGUUCCCGCACGUCGAUCCGUGCGUGACGGAGACGACCAUGUCGCACCUGGAGGACCCGCAGGUGGAGGUGCAGCAGGCCGCGUCGCAGUGCGUGACGCUUCUGACGCGCAUGGGGGUGCUGCGCGGCAUUCCCUCGCUGCUGCAGGAGUUUAUGUCGCGGGCGGAGGCGAAGGUGCGGCGGGUGAAGCGCGCCCCCGUGGUGAGCAGCACGCCGCUCGGGCCCGAGCACCAGCCGCUGUCGGCCGAGGAGAAGGCAACGCUGCGGCGCAAGCACAGCGGCGUGCUGGGCGUGUCUGCCCUCAUUAACGCGCACCCGUACGACAUGCCAUCUUGGAUGCCAAAGGCGCUCCUCCUCCUCGCUGCCCACACCACAGACGUCAACCCAAUCAAGAGCACGGCAAACAAGGCGCUGACGCAGUUUUGGAAGACACACAAGGAGGCGUGGCACGAGAUGAAGAACCAGCUGACAGCAGAGGAGCAAACAACGCUGCAAGACGUGCUCAUCUCGCCAUCGUACUACGCUUAGAGCGACUUUGUCUGGUUGUCCACCUCGCUGUAGCUUGGGGGCUGACUGGAAGUUGAUGUCCGUGGUGCUGUUGCCGUUGGCGCUGGUGUCUGCAUGCUCGCUGACCCGAGUGCCGGGUAGAUGCCCCUCUCUUGUUGCAUCUGUGACACGGCCGUGUUGUACGAAGGCACGCGGUCCACCGGCCCGCCUUCCCCUGCUUGUUGUGGUGGUGGGAGUUGUGGUGAUAGUUGCUGUCCUGUGUAUGCGUAGUGUGGUUUGCUUUGGCUGUCGUUGCUGGAGCGGCUACGGUAGUCGUCAUUGUCAUCAUCGUCAUCAAUGUCAUGUCCGUCGUUGUCAUUGCCGUGCGCGUGCGUGUCUGUGCUUGCGUCGUUGCUGUGGUCGCGUCUCGAGGGGCGCGGGCUGCGGUGCUUUGCGUGAAUAGACAGUCUGUCAAACCA